CAAAAGGUCGCCGGAUCUCCCUCUCCGGUUCCGUUACGACGGCACUUUCAAAAUCCUCAGGUCUGUCUCCGUCCGGUUCCAGCUCCUUCAGUUCUUCCGCUAAAGACCAAACUUAAUUGCAUUAAUCAAUCGUUGUUGACAGUUGUUGAUCUUAAUGCCGAUCUGUGAUGAUGAAGGUGGCUGACAUGCAUUACGGGAAUGGGGCCGUGUCUAGGUGCAGGGACGUGUUGGCUUCUGAGUUCGAUUUCUGCUCUGAUAUGAACACGACUCUGUUUCUCAAGAGGAUGCUCGAUGCCGAGAAGCCUGAUUUCGUUGCUUUUACUGGGGAUAACAUAUUUGGUCCAAGCGCUGCUGAUGCUGCUGAAUCUCUUCUUCAAGUUUUUAGUCCCGUUUUGGAAUCUGGACUUCCAUGGGCAGCGGUUUUGGGGAACCAUGACCAAGAAUCUACAAUGAAUCGUGAAGAACUGAUGUCUUUUAUCUCUCUUCUAGAUUAUUCAGUCUCACAAAUCAACCCGUCAGCUGAAGAUAUAAUUAAUAAUGCGAGAGACAAUAUAGGAAAAGAUAUUGAUGGCUUUGGAAACUAUAAUCUGAGAGUGCAUGGUGCUUCUGGUUCCAAUUUAGCAAAUAACAGUGUUCUCAACCUUUUCUUUCUUGACAGUGGAGACAGAGAGAUUGUUCAAGGUAUUCGAACUUAUGGAUGGAUCAAGGAAUCUCAACUUAGUUGGCUUCGUAGUGUCUUUGGAGAGUUUGAGGGCCAGAAACAGGAUGUUAAUUACUUGACAGGUCCAACUACGCCGCCGGCUUUGGGAUUCUUCCAUAUUCCAAUUCCUGAAGUUCGAGAUCUAUACUACCAAGAGAUUGUAGGUCACUUUCAAGAGGGCGUGGCUUGUUCUUUUGUGAAUGCAGGAGCCUUAAGAACCUUUAUCUCCAUAGGUGAUGUGAAGGCUGUGUUCAUUGGCCAUGAUCACACUAAUGACUUCUGUGGGAAUUUGGGUGGUAUAUGGUUCUGUUAUGGUGGAGGCUUUGGAUAUCAUGGCUACGGAAAGGCUGGGUGGGCGAGGAGAGCAAGAGUCAUAUUAGCAGAGCUUGGAAAAGGUGAAAGGGGGUGGAUGGGAGUACAGAGGAUUAAGACGUGGAAGCGGCUUGAUGAUGAGAACCUGAGCAAGAUCCACGAACAAGUAUUAUGGGAAUCACAACCAUCACAAUGACUUCUAUUGCAGGACUCAUUAUUAAAUCCCCAAUCCCCAAUCCCCAAUAUGGCUUAAACCAUAACAUGUGUAGUUUCUCUGGGAAAUGAAUUGCAGUGGGACUUGCAGAAAUUUACUGUUGAGAUAUAUGCUUCUGAUGGGAAUGCAUUCCUUCUUUUAUCUCGGUCAAGUACAUUUGUUAAGAGAUCCCUCUUUCGUGGCCCUCUGCGGCUUGAGGCAGGAUUCCAAGUAGGUAAUUGUUUAUAUUGUUAGUCGGUUUAUUUUAAAGAACUUGUUUCAUGGGGUAAUUGUUGGUUUACUAAUUUAUACCCCAUCUACUCAAAUCAUUCAUUUGUUGAAUGAUUGAUAUCUCUCUCAUUUAUAAGAAGUUUAUGAGUUUGAGUUA